UAAAAAACCGAACCUCGAAGGGACCAAAGAGGCGGAAUGGUGCUCGAAGAAGGCAGGGCGGCGACCAAAAUCACGCCGGCGGCGGCGCUGGGUUCGACGUCGGCGACGGAGAAGUUGCUGCAGAUGCAUGAGGAGAAUCACUUCACGGCGGGGGAGGUGGUCCGGGACGUCAUCAUGGGCGUCUCUGACGGCCUCACCGUCCCAUUCGCCCUCGCCGCCGGCCUCUCCGGCACGUCCGCCCCCUCCUCCCUCAUCCUCACCGCCGGCCUCGCCGAGGUCGCCGCCGGCGCCAUCUCCAUGGGCCUUGGCGGGUAUCUGGCGGCGAAGAGUGAGGCGGACCACUACAUGCGCGAGUUGAAGCGGGAGCAGGAGGAAAUCAUCACCGUCCCGGAUACCGAGGCGGCGGAGAUCGCGGAGAUUCUGUCGCAAUAUGGGCUCCAGCCGCAUGAGUAUACUCCGAUUGUAAACUCCCUCCGGAAAAAUCCACAGGCAUGGCUCGAGUUCAUGAUGAAGUUCGAACUAGGCCUAGAGAAGCCGGAGCCGAGGAGGGCAUUACAGAGCGCUCUAACAAUUGCCCUGGCAUAUAUAAUGGGUGGCAUAGUGCCCCUCUUGCCCUACGUGUUCAUCACGACAGCUGAGAAGGCGAUGCUGACAUCAAUUUGUGUCACCCUCGUGGCGCUUCUCAUCUUUGGCUACAUGAAGGGCCACUUCACCGGCAACCGCCCCCUUCUAAGUGCUGUUCAGACGGCCUUCAUUGGAGCACUUGCUUCCGCUGCUGCCUACGCCAUGGCGAAAGCUGUCCAAGGUGCAUGAGGUCGAGCACAUGCAAUUAUAAUGUACUGCUUGCAAUGGUCCAUCAUCAUCAUCAGCAUGUGGAUGGAUAGGUCUUGUUUCGUCGAACUGUAGUUUCUUUUCUUGUAAAAAGUAGCAACUAUCAGAAGUGAGAUUAUAUGGGUGAAGUUGAUGUCUUUUU